AUGAUUUUUGAAGAUCUACAUACACUCUCUCCCGACCACAUCAGGGCUCUUGCCCUCACUGCAGGGAAAAAAAGACGCAGAGAAACACCUCCAGAACCCACUUGUGAAGGCAGUAUGGGGAAAAAUAAAAAAAAAGCGAAAACAACUGACUUGGUCGAAAAAGAAAAUCAAGAGACACCAAUACAAAAGACACCUCCACACAAUAUCUCAAGUCAGAGUGAAAACGAUAAGACAUGCCAGAAAGAUGUGACAAGUACUGCUUUAACCUGGGACGACAAGGUGGAGCAAGACUUACAGGUGUUAAAAGACUGUACGAACAUGCAAACGGAGAAGAAUACAGAAGAAGAACAC